CUCCACUGUAAACAUCUACCCCGCACGAUAGCCUGAUCUUCCCGAAGACAGCAGCCCAGCGGUAUCUGCUACUGUUCCUUCCAAUAUCCCAAUAUCAACUUACUGAAAACCAACAGACAAAAAUAAAAUCUGGAGAUAUUUCCCAAGAUGAGCCUAAACUCACAACCAAAUCCGGACCCCAACCGGGAUUCCAGCUUGAAAGAUUUAGAAGGAACCGAUAACGCACCCAAAACCAUCAGUCCAGAAGACCGCGCGGCCUUGACGGAGGCUCUGACCGAUCAAACCAAUAUCACUUUACUGACUGAGGCUGGUCGGUCGUCCCAGCGGGAACGGGAACAACGAAGAAAGGGUGCGGGGAGGAAGUAAGGGACGGAGAUAGAUAUGGUAGCGGUUGGAUAUAUCUAGAUGGACCUGUCUUUGCUCGACUGUGCUUGAGUGAGUGAGUGGUCAGAGGUCUUUCUGAGGAGAGGAGCGUUCAUGAUGCUGUAUGUGCGGGGGUAGAUAACGCAUCGCGGGGGUUCAGUAUAGCCAGAAAA